CAGGAGUAACUAGCACUUGGGCUAGCUAGAGCUCCCUAGAACCCCUUUCUGAAGUCUCCAAGCCACAUAGCUCAGGUCCAGGGGCGCCUCCACUGGCAGUGCCCUGAGUCUGGAGGGGGCAGGGGGCUUCUGACCCUUGCAGGGGCUUGAGGCUACAGGAAGCUAACUGUCCAUCAGAGCCCCAGCAGCCUUCUCUUUCUGGCUGGAUCCUAUGUGAAUUAACCCACCGGCCCUCGCUGGCUCCAAAUCAUAAAUUCUCACCAACAUAAACAGGAGUUGAUGUCUCUAGAAAGAUUCUCAGAGUUUUCGUUCUUCUUCCUUUCUCUCUCUCUCUCUGUGUCUCUCUCCACUCCGGUUCCACCUCCCUACAUUUUGCUUCUUUUUCUCCUUUUUCUAUUGGAUUUUUAUACAUUUUCCCUUUUAGGUAAAAAUGCUGGAAGAGUUUUCCCAAAAGAGGGGUCCUGAGGAGGAGGCAGAAGAGGGCCAGGAUGCAGAGGAAAGCAGAUGCAUGGGCCCUUUGCCCACUUAAGCUCUGCCACUGUACCCUGAAGUCUUGCCCCUUUAGACCUAGCUGUUCCCCACAUCCCUCCUGCAUUCAAGACUCUGGGCCACACUCUACUUACUCAGGGGAACAGGUUUAAGGAAACUCCUUUCUACUUUUGAUUUUUUUUAAUUUUUGGAGAAAAAAAUACUAGUUUAGUGAUGGGACUCACUCUAUGAAGCAUCAAACCAGAAUUUCCUGCAGGAUUUCUAGGGACCUCCUACUGUGCUGGGAGGGAGUUCCUCCCAUGGAGAAAUCAGGAUGUAAUUUUAGAAGGGGGCAGAUAUAAAAGAUGAAACCAGAUUGCAAAUACAGGGAUUUCUCUAGCCCUGGCUCUGGCCACAUCACAGCAAAGUUAGCUGGGGCUGAGAGCUUUCCCGGGAGGACAGCUCUCCUUCCUGUGUCCCAAGGCCCUGCUCAGGGACAUGCACCCCUCCUUCACCACCAAACCAGUUCCCUUAUAUAUAUAUAUUUAAAAGAAAUCCAAGUCUUACUUUCAAAGCACACACUUAGUCUCAACUAGGGAAUCAACAGAAGCAGAGCGAUUUUUUUUCCCCCUUCUUGACAUCUGGCUUGCGAUUGGCUGGGAGGGGGUCAGCUGACUUUGUCAUUUUGUCUGUCCUGGAUUGGAGCCGUCCCUAUAACCAUCUAGUUCCGAGUACAAACUGGAGACAGAAAUAAAUAUUAAAGAAAUCAUAGCCCGACCAGGUAAAGGCAAAGGGAUGAAUUCCUACUUCACUAACCCUUCCUUAUCCUGCCACCUCGCCGGGGGCCAGGACGUCCUCCCCAACGUCGCCCUCAAUUCCACCGCCUAUGAUCCAGUGAGGCAUUUCUCGACCUAUGGAGCGGCCGUUGCCCAGAACCGGAUCUACUCGACUCCCUUUUAUUCGCCACAGGAGAAUGUCGUGUUCAGUUCCAGCCGGGGGCCGUAUGACUAUGGAUCUAAUUCCUUUUACCAGGAGAAAGACAUGCUCUCAAACUGCAGACAAAACACCUUAGGACAUAACACACAGACCUCAAUCGCUCAGGAUUUUAGUUCUGAGCAGGGCAGGACUGCGCCCCAGGACCAGAAAGCCAGUAUCCAGAUUUACCCCUGGAUGCAGCGAAUGAAUUCGCACAGUGGGGUCGGCUAUGGAGCGGACCGGAGGCGCGGCCGCCAGAUCUACUCGCGGUACCAGACCCUGGAACUGGAGAAGGAAUUUCACUUCAAUCGCUACCUAACGCGGCGCCGGCGCAUCGAGAUCGCCAACGCGCUCUGCCUGACCGAGCGACAGAUCAAAAUCUGGUUCCAGAACCGCCGAAUGAAGUGGAAAAAAGAAUCUAAUCUCACGUCCACUCUCUCGGGGGGCGGCGGAGGGGCCACCGCCGACAGCCUGGGCGGAAAAGAGGAAAAGCGGGAAGAAACAGAAGAGGAGAAGCAGAAAGAGUGACCAGGACUGUUCCUGCCACCACUCCCCCUUUCUCCCUCGCUCCCCACCCCAACUCUCCCCUAAUCACACACUCUGUAUUUAUCACUGGCACAACUGAUGUGUUUUGAGACCCUAAAACAAAAUUAGGGAGUCAAACGCGGACCUGAAAGUCAGCUCUGGACCCCCUCCCUCACCGCACAACUCUCUUUCACCACGAGCCUCCUCCUCCUCGAUCCCUUGCUAGCUCGUUCUCGGCUUGUCUGCAGGCCCCUUUCCCCGCCCAGGCCUUGGGGACUCGGUCCCUGAACUCAGACUCUACAGAUUGCCCUCCAAGUGAGGACUUGGCUCCCCUCACUCCCUCAACGCCCCCACCCCCGACCCCCGUGCAGAGGGCCGGCUCCCGAGCCUGGGGCCUCUGCUCCGGGGCCUCAGGGCCCAGCCUCGCAGCCGGGGAGGGCUGGAGACCCAAGGAGGGCACGCCUUGGCCCCACACCGACCCCCAGGGCCUCCCCGCAGUCCCUGCCCAGCCCCUCUGCCCCAGCAAAUGCCCAGUCCAGGCAAAUUGUAUUUAAAGAAUCCUGGGGGUCAUUAUGGCAUUUUACAAACUGUGACCGUUUCUGUGUGAAUACUUUUAGCUGUAUUUGUGGUCUCUGUAUUUAUAUUUAUGUUUAGCACCGUCAGUGUUCCUAUCCCAUUUCAAAAAGGAAAAAAAAAAAAAAGAGGGAAAAUUACAAAAAAAAAAAAA